GCAAGGACCUGGCCCAGCACUUCGGGUACCUAUCGGCCCCCGAGGCCCUGCAGGGACUGCGGGGACGCAUCCAGCCAGGGGCCACGCUGAUCUGCGCCUGGGCUGAGGAGGGUGCUGAUGCCUUGGGGCCCGACGGGGAACUGGUGCACUCGGACGCCUUCCCCCCAGAGACCCUCGUGGACACGCUGGGGGCUGGGGACACCUUCAAUGCCGCCGUCAUCUUUGCGCUCGCAGAAGGGAGGACCCUGCAGGACGCCCUCACCUUCGGCUGCCGGAUCGCGGGCAGGAAAUGUGGGAUCCAGGGCUUCGAUGGCAUUGUCUGAGCUUGUGCCUGGAGACCUCUGCACCCCCAAGGCACACCACAUCUCCACUGCACCCAGCAACCCCCCAGUAAAACCCCCCCGUGCGCCA